CCAGGUGCAGAGCCACCUCUGCCACCCGUGACCCCUCAGCCUUGUUCACUCACUGCGCGAUGGACCCGGCGCUGGCCGCUCAGAUAAGCGAGGCUGUGGCGGAGAAGGUGCUCCAGUAUCGGCGAGACGCGUCAGGCUGGAAGACAUGCCGAGAAAGCAAUGGAAUUUCAGUUUCCUGGAGGCCAUCUGUGGAGUUUCCAGGCAACCUGUACCGAGGCGAAGGCAUUGUGUUGGGAACACCCAAGGAGGUGUGGGACUGUGUAAAGCCGGCUGCUGGGGGCCUGCGGGAGAAGUGGGAUGAAAAUGUGGCUUGUUUUGAAAUUAUCCAAAGCAUCACUGAUACACUGUGCGUAAGCAGAACUUCUACUCCCUCGGCCGCUAUGAAGCUCAUUUCUCCCAGAGAUUUUGUGGACCUGGUGCUGGUCAGGAAGUAUGAGGAUGGGACCAUUAGUUCCAACGCUACCCAUGUGGAGCAUCCCUUGUCCCCCCCGAAGCCAGGUUUUGUGAGGGGAUUUAACCAUCCUUGCGGAUGCUUCUGUGAGCCGCUGCCAGGGUGUAUUAGAAAUCUGUACCAGCCUCCACAGUCGGUCUGCUGCAGUGUCACAUGUCACACGUCAUGCUGGUCUCAGACCCGAGUAGAUGGAGAGCAGCAUCUGUUUGUUUCUCCCGGAGCCUGGUGCUGAGGGAGUUCUCUGAAAGCAUUUGCUGAAUGAAUCAGAGAGCGUGGACUGCCUCAGUGGCUGGAAGCAGGGACUUCUCCAUGUGCGAGGACCUGGAGGGGCUGUGGAAUACACCCACGAGAGGACGUGUAUCCACCCUGAGAAUAAGCAGGCCCAGAGGGGACCCCUGGGCGGUGAAUCCAGCUAAGGAUUAGACGUGGUCCCUGUGGGAUGGCCAUGUUUACUGAGGCGGCUAGCCUGGCCCGUCUCCAUGCUUGUCCCCAGCACCUCCACUGCAGACUCGUGAUCCAGCUCUGCUCUUGCUUUUACAGGGAGCCGGGCAAGACCAACCUGAUCACAUUCUUCCAGACCGACCUCAGCGGCUACCUCCCACGGAAUGUGGUGGACUCCUUCUUCCCCCGCAGCAUGGCUGGGUUUUACGCCAACCUUCAGAAAGCAGUGAAGAA